GUUUCAAAACCAAAAACUUUCAUUUCGACAACCAAAGUCGAAAACUAGCUGGUUUUCCAACACAAUUAUUCCUUUCUCUCGAUCCCUAUACUGAUUCUUUCCCCUCUUGCAUAUAUUGUUAUCCCUUCUGCGCCAGGCACGGCGGCCAAUGGCUCUCUCAGCCCGGUGUGGGCAACGGGCGAUCUCGCACCUUUUGCGCCAACGAUGCCUUUCCACUGUUGAAUCCUCUGCUCCGUCGGCCCUCCGAGCAUUUUCGACGCAGACUUCCUCGAGAAAGCUAUAUUCUCGAUCAAAAUUACAGGCAUUCACGUCAUGGCGGUCCACCCGGUCGUUCGCUCGCUCGGCUCGCAACUUAGCGGCGGCUCAGGCUGAGGCUCCAAGCGCGAAGUCGUUCUCUGCCAGGGGUGGAGUGCAAGGCCCUGACCUUGUCGACGUUAAAAAGGUCCUUGUCAUUGGAAGUGGUGGAUUGAGCAUUGGUCAAGCGGGUGAAUUUGAUUAUUCAGGCUCGCAAGCCCUCAAGGCUUUGAAGGAAGCUGGGGUCAAAUCUGUUUUGAUCAACCCCAACAUUGCGACGAUUCAAACCGACCACAAACUCGCCGACGAAGUCUAUUAUCUCCCCGUUACCCCUGAAUAUGUCACGCACGUUAUUGAGAAAGAGAAGCCGGAUGGAAUAUUCCUCAGUUUCGGUGGCCAGACGGCUCUUAAUCUUGGUGUGCAGAUGAACCGAUUGGGUAUCUUCGAGAAAUAUGGCGUGAAAGUGCUUGGAACCAGUAUCAAAACCCUCGAAACCAGCGAGGACAGAGAUUUGUUCGCAAAAGCCUUGAAUGAAAUUGAUAUCCCAAUUGCGGAGUCUAUUGCCGUCAGCACGGUCGACGAGGCUCUCGAAGCCGCUGACAAGAUCGGCUAUCCCAUCAUCGUUCGGUCGGCUUAUGCUCUGGGUGGCCUUGGAUCCGGUUUCGCCGCAAAUGCUGAGGAGUUAAAGAAUUUGUCUUCCCGAUCAUUGACCCUGGCUCCACAGAUUCUUGUUGAGAAAUCUCUGAAGGGAUGGAAGGAAGUUGAAUACGAGGUUGUUCGUGAUGCAGCCAACAACUGCAUCACUGUUUGCAACAUGGAAAACUUUGAUCCUCUCGGCAUCCAUACUGGUGAUAGUAUUGUUGUUGCACCCAGUCAAACCCUCUCUGAUGAAGAGUAUCACAUGCUUCGAACUGCGGCCAUCAAAAUUGUUCGACACCUUGGAGUUGUGGGCGAGUGUAAUGUUCAGUACGCUCUUCAGCCCGAUGGCCUUGACUACAGAGUUAUUGAGGUGAAUGCCCGUCUCUCGCGCUCGUCUGCCUUGGCGUCGAAAGCCACUGGUUAUCCGCUAGCUUACACUGCCGCCAAAAUUGGCCUUGGGCACAUCUUGCCCGAACUCCCCAAUGCCGUUACAAAAACCACAACUGCCAAUUUUGAACCCAGCUUGGAUUAUAUUGUCACCAAGAUCCCACGAUGGGAUUUGAGCAAAUUCCAGCAUGUUAAGCGGGAUAUCGGGAGCUCCAUGAAAUCCGUUGGGGAAGUUAUGGCUAUUGGCCGCACAUUUGAGGAAUCUUUCCAAAAAGCCAUCCGUCAAGUCGAUCCUCGAUUUGUCGGUUUCCAAGGUGAUAAGUUUGAGAACCUUGAUGAAGUGCUCAAGAACCCUACAGAUCGCCGAUGGCUUGCAGUUGGGCAGGCAAUGCUUCAUGAGAAUUACUCAGUUGACAAAGUUCAUGAACUGACGAAGAUCGAUAAAUGGUUCUUGUAUAAGCUGCAAAAUAUCGUUGACGUUGACCAUGCCCUGAGAGAUAUCGGAAGCCUGUUUGGAAUUAAGAAAGAGAUGAUGCUGAAGGCGAAAAAAAUGGGCUUUUCUGACAAGCAGAUUGCAUUGUGCGUUGGUUCUACAGAAGAAGAAGUCCGGACUCGUCGGAAGAGUUUUGGCAUCCACCCCUGGGUCAAGAAAAUUGAUACGCUGGCUGCUGAAUUCCCAGCCGACACCAACUAUCUUUACACCACUUAUAAUGCUACAUCUCAUGAUGUCACGUUUGAUGACCAUGGCACAAUCAUCCUCGGAAGCGGUGUGUACAGAAUUGGUAGCUCUGUGGAAUUCGAUUGGUGUGCUGUCAACGCAACCCUCUCCCUCAGAAACAUGGACAAGAAAACUGUCAUGAUUAAUUAUAACCCUGAGACAUACUCUACUGACUUUGAUACCGCGGAUAAGCUUUACUUCGAAGAAUUGAGCUUCGAGAGAGUUAUGGAUAUCUAUGAACUUGAGAAUGCCAGCGGCGUUGUUGUCUCGGUUGGUGGGCAGCUUCCUCAAAACAUUGCCCUUAAACUCCAAGAAACGGGCGGUGCUCACGUCCUCGGUACCGAUCCUAAGGACAUUGAUAGAGCCGAAGAUCGUCACAAGUUCUCUCAGACUCUGGAUAGCAUUGGAGUUGACCAGCCAGCAUGGAAAGAAUUGACUUCGGUUGCCGAGGCUGAGGCUUUUGCGGACUCCGUUGGUUAUCCAGUGCUUGUUCGACCAAGCUACGUCCUUUCGGGUGCUGCUAUGAGCGUUAUCCAGAGUCAGGAUGAACUUCACGACAAGCUUGUCUCAGCUAGUGAUGUUUCUCCCGACCACCCUGUGGUCAUCACGAAAUUCAUUGAAGGAGCCCAGGAAAUUGACAUCGAUGCCGUAGCUUCCGGGGGCAAACUCCUCCUCCAUGCCGUCAGUGAGCACGUUGAGGCAGCCGGUGUUCACUCCGGCGAUGCCACCCUGGUUCUUCCUCCUGUUAAUUUGGACGAGUCUAUCAUGGCUCGUGUAAAGGAAAUUGCUGCGAAGGUUGCCAAGGCAUUCAGCAUUACCGGACCUUUCAACAUGCAGAUCAUCAAGGCCGAUAACCCCGACGGGGGCGAGCCACAGCUGAAGGUUAUUGAAUGUAAUCUUCGUGCUUCGCGAUCCUUCCCCUUCGUCAGCAAGGUGCUUGGCACGAACUUCAUUGAUGUCGCAACCAAGGCGCUUGUCGGCAGGGAUGUUCCAGAGCCCAACGACCUCAUGAGAGUAAAACGCGACUAUCUUGCCACCAAGGUUCCUCAGUUUAGCUGGACCCGUCUUGCUGGUGCUGAUCCAUACCUUGGUGUUGAGAUGGCAAGUACUGGUGAAAUUGCCUGCUUCGGCAAGGAUUUGGUUGAGGCCUACUGGGCUUCCCUUCAAUCCACGAUGAAUUUCCGUAUGCCAGAGCCAGGUGAAGGUCUACUUUUUGGCGGUGAUACCGAUGUGUUGACGGAACUUCCACAUAUUGUGGACUUCGUCCAUCCUCUCGGUUACAAAUUGUAUGCUGCCAGCCCAAGAGUCAAGGAAUAUCUUGAGAAGGCAACCAAAUCCGAGGUCGCUAUUCAGGUCAUCGAAUUUCCUAAGGAAGACAAGAGAGCACUAAGAGAAGUCUUCCAAAAAUACGAUAUCAGAGGUGUCUUCAAUAUUGCGAAGCAAAGAGGAAAGACCCUGCUCGAUGAAGACUAUGUUAUGAGACGAAAUGCUGUUGAUUUCGGUGUUCCCCUUUUCAUGGAACCAAAGACCGCCCUUCUAUUCGCUCAAUGUAUGAAUGAGAAGCUUCCUCGCAAAGAAGGAAUCCCGUCUGAAGUUCGUAGCUGGUCGAAUUUUGUUGGCACUAAGAGUUUGUAAAACAGUCGUGUUGUUUCCAGGAGAAUUCUUCGAUUCUACUUUUACUGGGGGUUUGGUUCAAUGUCCGUCUAAUUUCGGCAGCGCUAUGGCGUCGAGAAGAAAAAUACCUAGCCUGGUUUUAUAUCCUCCAAGUUCGUCACAGCUUUUUACGUUUAUUUUUCUUCGAUGAUUGUAGACU